UUGGAAAAAAAUGACCAGCUUGUGGACAGAAGAGUAAAAUAGACUUUGAGAAGAAAACGGACCUGUAAUAAGAAAAAAAAAUGUCUCGGAAGAUUUAUAAGGAGCCCAAAAAAGUGAACAUAUCUAGUUCUCUGGAAUCUGAAGACAUUAGUUUAGAAACAACUGUCCCCACAGAUGACAUUUCCUCAUCAGAAGAGCGAGAGGGUAAAAUCAAGAUCACCAGGCAGCUCAUUGAGCGGAAGGAACUGCUGCAUAACAUCCAGCUGCUGAAGAUAGAGCUGUCCCAGAAGAACAUGAUGAUCGACAGUUUGAAAGUAGACCACCUUACGAAGAUUGAAGAAUUGGAAGAAAAACUUAAUGAUGCCCUUCACCAGAAGCAGCUGCUAACACUGAGGUUAGACAACCAACUGACUUUUCAGCAGAAGGAUGCCAGAAAAUACCAAGAGCUAAUGAAACAAGAAAUGGAGACCAUUUUAGUGAGACAGAAACAGCUGGAAGAGACAAAUCUUCAGUUACGAGAGAAAGCUGGAGAUAUUCGUCGGAACUUGCGUGAUAUCGAGUUGACAAAUGAGCAGUAUAUGAAACUAAAAUCUUUUCCUGAAGAUCAGCUUUCUAUUCCAGAAUAUGUAUCUGUUCGGUUCUAUGAACUAGUGACUCCACUAAGAAAGGAAAUACUUGAACUACAGACGAAGAAGAAUGAGCUGUCGGAAGAACUCAGUGCAAGCCAAGGCCGGCUGAAACAGCUCACAGAGACUUGUGAGGAAGAUCGGAGAAACUAUUCUGAACUUCAGAUUAGAUGUCAACGUUUGGCCUUGGAAUUAGCAGACACCAAACAGCUAAUUAAGCAGGGUGACUACCGGCAAGAGAACUAUGAUAAAGUCAAGAGUGAACGUGAUGCAUUUGAACAGGAGGUAAUGGAGGUUAGGAGAAAACAUGAAAUACUUGAAGCCUCUCACAUAAUUCAAGCUAAAGAAAGCAGUGAAUUAUCAAAAGAGGUAGUCACCUUACAGCAGACAGUGACUUUACUGCAAAAGGAUAAAGAAUAUCUCAAUCGCCAAAACAUGGAGCUCAGUGUCCGCUGUGCCCAUGAGGAGGAUCGCCUGGAACGACUGCACACUCAACUGGAGGAGACCAAGAAGGCCAGAGAAGAGAUGUAUGAAAAAUACGUGACGUCCAGAGACCAUUAUAAAGCAGAAUAUGAAAAUAAACUACAUGGUGAGCUGGAGCAAAUCAGAUUGAAAACUAACCAAGAGAUUGAUCAGCUUCGAAGCGCCUCCAGGGAGAUGUACGAGCGAGAGAACAGGCACCUUCGAGAAGCAAGGGAUAAUGCUAUUGCUGAAAAGGACAGAGCCGUGAUGGCUGAAAAGGAUGCUUUGGAAAAACAUGACCAGCUUUUGGACAGGUAUCGAGAGCUACAGCUUAGUACAGAAAGCAGAGUAUCAGAAUUUCUCCAUCAAAAUAAAUUAAAGUGCUUUGAAAAUGAACGUAUUCAACUUCUACAAGAAGAAACUACAAGAACUCUCGCGCAGUGUCAAUUGGAAUGUGAAAAAUAUCAGAAAAAACUGGAGGUUUUAACUAAAGAAUUUUAUAGUCUCCAAGCCUCUUCUGAAAAACGCAUUACUGAACUUAAAACACAAAACUCUGAGUAUCAAGCAAGACUGGACAUUUAUGAGAAACUGGAAAAAGAACUUGAUGAAAUAAUAAUGCAGACUGCGGAAAUUGAAAAUGAAGAUGAGGCUGAAAGGGUUCUGUUUUCCUACGGCUAUGGUGCUAAUGUUCCCACAACAGCCAGAAGACGACUAAAACAAAGUGUCCACUUGGCAAGAAGAGUACUUCAGCUGGAAAAACAGAACUCGUUGAUUUUAAAAGACCUAGAACAUCAAAAGGACCAAGUAACAGAGCUUUCACAAGAGCUUGACAGGGCCAAUGCGCUGUUGAACCAGGCUCAGCAGCCUUACAGGUAUCUCAUUGAAUCUGUGCGUCAGAGAGAUUCCAAGAUCGACUCACUGACGAAGUGCAUAGCAGAACUUGAAAAAAAUGUCAGUAAUCUAAAUAAAGAAAAGUCUGCUUUGCUACAGAUGAAGAACCAAAUGGCAUUAGAUUUGGAACAACUUCUUAAUCACCGAGAGGAAUUGGCAGCCAUGAAGCAGAUUCUGCUUAAUAUGCGUAGUAAACAUGCUCAGAACAGCUUAGUUCUGACUAAAACAGAAUCAAAAAAUGAACCAGAAAAUCAGAAAUCACAGACUUUGAAUGCGCCCAGGGAACAUGAAGACAAUGUAUUUAUACCCAAGCCAACACUCUUUACUAAAAAAGAAGCUCCUGAGUGGUCUAAGAAACCAAAGAUGAAAACCUAAUGUUUUGGCUGAAAAGAACUUGCUGUGCCAUCCUUCACUCUUGAAGUCCUUUAGCUCAUGAAAGGAAAAGUUCAUUGUAAUCAUGUAGUAGAUAUAUUUUUAAAUAGCUAAUUUAAUAUUUAUUUUAGCUAAUGUUUGAUUAACCAAGUUCAACAUAAUCAGAAUGUACAAAGUACAAACAAUCAUAUACUUUAUAUUUUGAUUUUGUCUCUAUUUUGUUACAAAAUAAAUUUCAUAUACU